CGAUGGGAAGUUAUCAAUGCGUUGAUAUGAGCUGUAAUGCUGGUUGAAGAGAGGAGUUGAAGGGCCGCCCAGCAUGUUGAGGCGCUCUGCCACGCAGCUGCCAGAGCUGCCUUCUCCGUCUCUCGAUUUUGCAGGUGCUAUGUUGUCGGCGAAACCCAUGAUGUUCUGAGUCAAUAGUCCACCCUCACCUGCCUCUCACCGCUCAUCAUUGCUUCCACUUCCCACAGCACUUCUCCAAACGCUAGACCGCUUUCUUCCUCCAUCUUCAACUAAUCCGCAAUUACUUCAUCCUUCCGGUUUCUCUUUCGAACAAUCACAUUCCGCAGCACUACUCGGCCCGCAAGCAUCAUGAUCGAGACGUUCAGAGACCUGAAACAUGGACGUUCCGCCGAAAAAACCUACAACGACCUUAGCCACGAACACUCCACAAAGGAGAUCCUACACCACCUAGAAGCGAAGGAAAGCGAGGAAGUGCUCGACUCACUCCGGUCUCGCGUACUCUCCAACGCGCACACAAUCUACGGCCCCACCCGCACCCUCGACAUCGUAACCUACUCUCUGACCUCCUCCCGACGCACCGUCGCCAGCAUCGUCGAGCACAGCCCGACCGGACGCUCCUACAUCCACUGCAGCUCGGCGCGCGAGUCCUCCCGCACGGCCGCCAUCGAGCAUCUCCUCGUCAUCACCGAGGACCUGCUCGCGCGCAUGGUCGACGCCCAGGGCAUCGAGAGCUGCGGGUGGCUGCCGCUCAGCGCCCCCGGAGCAGCGGCGGCGAACAGCAUUGCGGCGGCGAACAGCGCGGCCGGCAGCGGCUCGACGGUCGCGAGCUCGCUUGCGGGGAGUCUGCCCGGGAGUAGGAGGGGGAGUGUGCAGCCGCAGCAGAUGCAGAUGAUGACGCCGGUGCCGGGGAUGGGUGGGAUGGGUGGGGUCGGGUUGAUGAGCUCGCCGAUGACGCUGGGGCCGAGGAAUGGGGAGAGUCCGCCGGAGGGGUAUGGGAUAUCGCCCGGGAUGGCGCUCGUGAGGCGGAGCAGCGAUCAGGCUAUGCGGCGGGCUGGUGAUCCGAGUGCGCAGCCGGGGCAGUGGAAGAGGAGUAAUGGGGAGCUGGCUCAGCAGCAGCAAGUGGGAGCGGUGAUGCCGAGGACGAAGAGCGAUAUCAUUCUUCAGCCGAAGCCAGUGCCCGGUGGACGAGGGGUGAGGUGGGAUAUGGGAUCUGAGAGCUGAGGAAGGGGUAUUGGUCAUGGUAUGGUUUGCAGAGAUGGAUGUGACGGAUGGAGGUAUGCGGGAAAUUGAUGGUAUGAGUACGAAAUCAGGCCCAGAAGUACAGUGGUUGGAA